AUGGACUCUAAAUCACUUCGGUCCAAGGCGUCUGAAGAGACUCUCAUAUCACUCCUUCAGCUAGAUCCGUCGCCCAUAGAGACACCACCAGCAGACACCGAUAAAGACCUUCCUCCUCUGCCCGAAGAUACUCUGGAGAGUAGCACCGCAUCUUUAAAGUCGACCUCUUCCGCCCCAGGCCUGAGUGGGAGCGGCCAUGGAUUGAUAUUCUAUCUGACGCGCAUUCAAAAGUUCUCGUCCUACCUAAUACCCGUCUUCACCUCGAUACAUCUCGCCAAUACCUCAAUAAUACCCCUGCUCGCGCGUUCUGUCGCCGCCUCAGAAAUAUACCUGCUGCAGUCCCGAGAAAUAUACCAGACCUCGUUAACGGAGCCUCUUUUAGUCGGCCUGCCGGUCCUCGCUCACAUCGCAUCCGGUGUUGCUCUCCGCCUCGUGCGUCGUUCGCAGAAUUUGCAGCGUUAUGGCGGGAAUACUCCUGGGAUGUAUGCAUUGUAUCGCGCUCAGACUGGUAAGACAUCGCGUACUUUUACUUCGAACACUUCGACCUCAGCAGCGCGUAUAUGGCCACCGCUCAGCUACAUUUCUCUGUCGGGGUAUGCUUUUACAGCAUUUCUUGCUGCCCAUGUGAGCAUCAACCGCAUCCUUCCUCUCCGAGUCGAGGGCGACAGCUCGAAUAUUGGGUUGGCCUUUGUUGCGCACGGCUUCGCUCGGCACCCGGUUCUGUCAUGGCUGGCGUAUACAGGCUUGCUGGCAGUUGGUUGUGGACACAUGAUUUGGGGUGCAGCCAAAUGGCUGGGAUUUGCGCCUACGGCUAUGGGAUGGAGUGGGAGCGGCGCUAGCGUCAUUGAUCGGAAGACCAGGAGGCGCAAGAGGAGAGCGUGGUGGGCGUUGCAUGGCAUCGUUGCGGCUGCUUUCGGUACCUGGGCUGCUGGCGGCUUAGGUAUUGUUGCUAGAGGGGGGCUUACAGACGGUUGGGUUGGUAAGCUUUAUGAUGAGUUAUUUAGCAGAGCUUACCCUCUGUAA